AGCGCUUGACUUCUGCCAGCGAUUGCAAUAUCCUCUCGUACUUGCUACUUGUGUGGCAAUCAAGCGCGGCUCGAGCCCUCGUUGUGCCUACACCACAUGAGCAGCGAGCGCCGAGACGACGAGCGGCCUGUGCUACACACUUCGGCCGCGAUGCUGACGAAUGCUCAGGAUGCGUGGGCUAGGUUGUACCCAGGUCAGGCUAUCGUCCAGUUUGACUCGGAGGAGAGCUUCAUGAGCUGGGCCAACACCGAGCCCGAGCUGAUGGGAGUCCUCUCCGACUCAACGGGCGCAGACGGGGCGCAGCCGCUCCACUGGUACGAGAGGCGUGAGCCCACCGACACGGGCCAGCGCAACCCCGCCUGUACUCUCGCCGUCGCCCACACCUUCGGAAAUCCCGCCGCCACCACCGCCACCGCCACCGGCGGCUCCGCCACCCACGCCGACGCCAGCAGCUCCGCCGCCGCCGCCACCCGGCCUGCCGCCACGGUAGCCGCGGUGGGAAGCGGUGCGCCGGUGCGGAGGCGAAUUUCUGGGCAGCUGCCAGUCUCGCGUGCGUCCCACGACUCCGAGGACAAGCGCGAGUUCGAGUCCCCCUCCUUCGGCGACCGCGCGCGCGCGCACGCUGCCAGCGCAACCACCGUCACCGAUGCAGGCAGCUGCAUCGACUGGGCGACGAGGCUGCAGGUCUCGGACAAGGAGGAGUCGGAGUCCGAGUCCGAGUCGGAGACGCGGCGCGGCGCGGGCGUCGGGCGGAGCAACACCUCCAGCUCCUCCUCCUCCAGCAGUGGGAAGCCGCCUCCCUCGCCCAGCAGCGGCGCCCGCUUCAGCCGCAGCCUCGCGCGCGAAAACAUGAGGUGCGCCGCGAGUGGUCCUUGAGCGCUCUCGCCUCUCCUUCUCCUGAUGGGGCGUGUCUCUCUGGAUCCUGCUAUCUUGCUCUCGAUGAAUGUCUAUUAGGUACCUCGCCGAGGGCUCUGCAGCGCACCCUCCUCCGCCGCUGCCGGCGAGGGCCGCGCAAAAGGCCCCGCAGAGCCAGGGGCAUACCGGAGGUAAGUAGGCCUAGCAUCUAGCUUCAUCGUUCAUGUCAACGAACACACAUGCAGUCACGAGUCAGGGGCCGCCAAUCGAAACAAUAUACUGGCCCCCAGGCGUUUCAUGCCUCGCUUCCCAAAGUGCAAAGAUAGCAUUCGUCGUGAAAGUUGGGAGUGAUUGGGAGAGAGCCCUCAACAGCGAGUACCCGAGUCUCUAGAUGUACGUUUUAUUUGUGACUUUUUUCGUCCAA